CGCGCCGUCCCGACCGGCCGCUGCGCACGCGUCGCGACACCAUGCCGCUCUUCUCCGAGCACAUCUCGAACAUGUAUUACAGUGGAUCCUCGCACAGUGCCCCCUACAGCAGUUACAGUUCAGUGUCGCCCCUCGGAUCGUCGUAUAGUGCCUCCUACCUCAACUCCGGUGGAAAUUACAGCAGCCACUCCUCUCUCGGUGGAUAUUCCCGCCCACCCCCUCUCUCGAGAUGGGUGACCAGUAGCGGGAGGAAUUAUGCUCCCAUGCUGAGCACAAUCUCUGAAAGAUCGUCCUCGAGUCCAGUAAGGUUAAACAGUCCUCGUAGAAUUCCGUAUACGAAUAGAAAUUACGCAACCCCGACCUAUACUCCGCGUCCUAUCAACAUCAACACGGCGGAUAUUGAUGUGUCUAGAGACAGGUAUCGUAAUAAACCUGAGAGUACACCGACCCCGCCGCCGCCGCCGCCACCUAUCGCAGACGGUGAAAAUGGCCCAUUCAUGCCACGAGUUGACGGUAAACCAGAAACCGGCAUUGAUUCUUCACCGGGACCACAGAGGAGUACGAUUAGGCGAGGACGAACUGUUGUCAGACUUCACACUGUAAAGAGAAAAGACAGAGACUCUCCUCGUAAACCUCAGUCUGAACUUGAUAAACAGCAGGAUGAUGAUUCCGCGGUUGACGGAAUCACAUCCACUAAUGCGGAAGAUGGAGCUCAAGAAGAGCCCGUGCGGUGGAGGGAGAAACUUUCUGAAGAUUUGACGUACAAAGACAAGAGAGAAAAGAAGACUCUAGGAGCUAAACUUGUUGAGAAAUUUAUAGUUAAAGACAAAGACAGUGAUUCAGAAGAUUCUAUUAAACGGACUAAACGAAAUCAAGAGGUCUCUCAGAGCUUACCUACUACUCCAAUACCUACAAGUAGCUCUGCAUACAGUAGAUCACCAGACAGACGCUGCUCAGUGGAAAUGUUAGCUGAACAAGCUAACUUAUUAGAUACUCUUAUAAGAGGCGAAAAUCUUUGCACAACUGCUUUAGAUUUAAGUAAAGUUGGUAUUGCAGAGCCAGAAGAAAACAAAAAUCAAAGACAAACAUCAAUAAAGAGGAGAAAAUCUAAAGAUCAAGAAAAUCCUUUACAGACAACUCAAUCUGAUUAUUCGUUACACGAUAGUUUAAAUUCAUUUAAAGAUCCUAAACGAUUUUCAAAGAAACGAAGUUUAAGAAAAUCAUCGUCUGGUGGCAGCAUUUGCCGUUUAGAUUCCAUUAAGGAAUUUCCAAAGGAGCCAUUCGGGGAGUUGCCAGUGUUGCCACCCAUUGUAGAAAACAAAAUAGUAUCGACGAAAAGAAACAGUGUGAAACGAAGUAAACCAAAACUAAAAAAGCCGAUAAUUACGUCUAGUGUGGAAGUUACAACUCCACCAAAGAGCCCUUUAAAAUUUAGGGUUGAUGUAACUGUAGAAGAAACACCUCGAUCUCCAAAAAAAGAAAUUAUAUACAGCUCAGUAGUAGAAGAUGCUCCAGGAAUUGAAAAUCCGAAGAUGGAAAUUAAAACGCCGAAAAAGUACACAAAGACUAAAACAGGGGCUCUUCUUCCAGAACCAGACGAUGUUGACGGUCCUUCACCUGAACCUGAAGAUGGAAAUUUUUGGGAUAAGAUAGGAAAAAGAGAAACUGUUUACUUGAUAAGAAGAAAACAAUACAUAGAAGAUGUAAGAGAAAAAAAUCGACGAGCUCUAUUCUGGUUUCCAGAAGAAGAAGAAACCGAAGGAAACGAAAGGACAGGUACUGACAAUACGAUACAUCAUUUUAAUUCUAAUACCUGCAGUUUAGAAAGUAAUGAAGAAAUUCCAGAUACAUCUGCACAAAAUGAAAUUGUAAACGCCAAACAAGAUACAGAUCCAAACGACCAGUUUUUAUUAAAAAAUGAUGUAAUUCAAGAAUCUGAAAAAUGCGAUGUUAUUACCGAAACUUUUCCUGUUGUUAAAACUUUAUCAAAAGAAAAGAAAACUAAUUCUUUGAAGAAAGAAAGUGAAGAGCCAUUAAAAGCAAAUAAAAAUAUAACUGAACCUAAAAAUAAUGAUAAAAAUAUCAAAGAUGAAAGUAAAAUUACCACUGAACUACAAAAAAUGUGCAAAACCGCCCUUGUAGAAGAUAAAAGUAAAGUUAUUGCGGACGAAAAAAUCAAUGAUUUACAAAAUGAAAACCAUAAAGAAAAACAGAAUAUUACUGUAAAUUCUGCAAUCAAUAAAAACGAACUUGAUUCUGAACUUAAAGAACAACUGAGUAGAAAUAGUGAUAAAGUAAAAGUUGACGGCACGACGACGACGGAUGUCAUAAUUAACAAAAAAGCAACUGAAGUUAAGCCACAAAAACAAAAUAGUAAAGAAAAGAUUUCGCCUCAAGUUAGCAAUGAAAUUCCAGACAAAGAGAAAAAUAUCAAAAACACAAAGAUUAAGACGGAGGAUAAUUUUAAAGGUAAAAAAUCUCAAGAUACGGACAAAGAAAAUAAGUUGCCAACACCGACCGUUACGGGUGAAAUAAACGAGGUUAAAAAAAUUGAGAAUAAACAGUCUCCUAAAAAGGAAGAAACACCAAAUAAAAAAGUAAAUGAAUCGAAACCUCCUCAAGUUACAAAGAAUAUCAAAGUUAUAGAAAAGAGUUCAUCAGAAAAAACAUGCAAAAGUAAUGAAGAAAUCCAAAACAAGGUGACAGUUUCUACUUCUACGUCUGACAAAGAAGUAAAUAAAACUUCAGGUCCAUUACCUAAAGUUGAAACAAAAACUGAAGUUAACGAGCAACCGGUACAGAAAGAAGAGACAAUAGUUUCUGGUAAUGAUUCUUCUAAAACUGUAUCUAUAUCUCCGUCAACAGAAAUUACGACAGUAAUAAAAGAGGAAAAAACGGUUAACGAUGGAAAACUAACGGAAAACACUAAUAAAGAUGCAAACACUUCCAAUAGUAUUGAAGUACCAAUAGUGAUAGAAUCAGAGAACAUUCCGGAUAAAGACACUAAGGCCAUUGAGCCACUUCAAGAAACAAAGACAGGAGAGGACAUAAAGGCUGAAAAUUUUCCAAUCAAGGUGGAUAAACUGGAAGUAAGUCCAGCGACUCCAUUGCAGUUUGUAAAGCCAGUUUCGUCUAAAAAGCCUGUUAAAGACGAACCUGCUUUAAGGCCACUUAUCGCAACACCACGCCCACUUCAAAAGAAAUCUCCUCAAGUUAUUCAUUCAUCGAGUUCUUCAGAGACAUCUUCGUCAGAAGAAAGUUCUGACGAUGACGAGGAUGCGGACGAGUCUGAAAAUAGUGACGGCUCAAAUGAAUUCUUCGAAUGUGAAAACCAACCAGAUGGCAGAACUUCUACAGGAUCCAAUGACUCAGGAUUUGAUUCUUCGGCUCCGACGUCUCCCGCUGGAUUCGUACAUGUCAAAAAAGGUGGAGAGAGUGCCGGUACGUCGGGUACUGCGCCGGCGCGGGCUGACGCCACCGACGUCCUAGAACAAGAGCUUGAACAAUCGACGGCCUACGGAUUAUUCCGGAAGACAGGGCGGUUCACCCCGCCUGCGCGGUCCAUACCCCGCUUCCGGAAAUACAACAUCGAAGACUUCCACUUCAUCAAGGUGCUGGGAAAAGGCAGCUUUGGAAAGGUCUUAUUAGCAGAGCUUCGUGAUACGGAGUACUACUACGCCGUGAAAUGUCUGAAGAAGGACGUGGUUUUGGAAGACGAUGACGUGGAGUGCACUUUGAUAGAGAGGAAAGUGCUCGCUCUGGGCACGAACCACCCUUAUCUCUGUCACUUGUUCGCAACUUUCCAGACUGAUUCCCACUUGUUCUUCGUCAUGGAGUAUCUAAAUGGCGGUGACUUAAUGUUCCACAUUCAACAAAGCGGACGGUUCCCAGAAACUAGAGCCAGAUUAUACGCCGCUGAAAUCGUGUCAGGACUCAAGUUCUUACAUAAAAGGGGCAUUGUGUACAGGGACUUGAAACUUGACAACAUUCUCCUUGACUUCGACGGGCACGUGCGGAUUGCGGACUUUGGCAUGUGCAAACUACAGAUUUACUUGGACAAAACUGCUGACACGUUCUGUGGCACGCCUGAUUACAUGGCGCCUGAGAUAAUCAAAGGACUGAAGUACAACCAGACGGUGGACUGGUGGUCUUUCGGAGUGUUGCUGUAUGAGAUGUUGAUAGGCCAGAGUCCGUUCAGCGGGUGUGACGAGGACGAGCUGUUCUGGUCAAUUUGCAACGAGAUGCCAUCCUACCCGCGGUUCCUGUCGCAGGAGGCUCUGACCAUCUUAACCCGGCUUUUGGACAAAGACGCGCGGACGCGACUUGGAGGCACAGAGUGCAUGCAUGGCGACGUGCGGGACCAGGACUUCUUCCGGCCCAUACACUGGGACAAGCUGGACAGACGGGAGCUUGAAGCUCCGUUCAGACCCCGGGUGAGACACCCACUGGACACCCAAUACUUCGACCGAGCUUUCACUGGAGAACGACCUCGGCUGACAGCAGUAGAGCCCCACGUACUACGCUCCAUGGACCAAGAAGCCUUCAGAGGGUUCUCUUAUACCAACCCCAACGCCACUGACCGUUAAAAAAUAUACACACGUAUAGGCGGUAGUGGCAAUACCUUGUCAGAGCUAAUAGGGAGACAACGCUUCGAGGAUAGUCUACCAUUGGUCGGUUUAAAUAUCACGUUAUCUCCCUCGAAUUCUAUUGGAGGGCAAGCUCCAAUAGGUAGCUCGUGAUGUUCCAUUGCUUCGCCAGAGGGCAGUGCGGGGCGAAAGAAAAUGGCGGCGCCAGACGAAAUUAGAAUUGGAGGAUGUCUAUUAGACGUAAAAUGUGUUUUAGAAGUUGUAAAUAGUACGUUUUGUGAAAAGGUUUUCAAAAAUAAUCUUACUGCCUAAGAAAAAUCGGAACAUCGAUUAAAUGCAUAUCAACUUUAUUUUGUAAAAAAAUUAAAUAAGUGUCUGGUACACAAUUUGAAUCUUAUUAAUAGAAUUAGAUUUAUUGAUAGAGUAAUGUACUUACAUGUAGCCGCGAAGAAAACAAUGAGCUUAACAAAGCAAUCAUAGAUUCAAUGAUACUAGGUAGGUACCUAUAUACUUAUAGUAACAUUGUAAACUUGUAGAAAGAAUCACUACCUACAUAUAUUUUACUUCCGUUCACGGAAUGAAUAUUUUUUAAACAUAUCCAGUUUUCAGGUUUUCAUUUAAUAAAUAUAUAAUUAUAUAACGACAUCGUUAGUUGUUGUAUAAUAUUAAAAGGCAUAAAGAGCCCAGCUUUUGAAACAAAAAUGAUUUACUUAUGUACAUCCUUGUUUGUUAAAUAAUAAAUAAUAAUGAUUCUCACAAGUGUUUUGUUUCACACACAAGUUUUCUUUACAUUACCACAAAUUAUUAUAGAUACUUAAUUAGUUCAACAAUGAGAAUAAUAACAUAAGUAUAAACAUAGCCAUUAGGAACAUUUUUUACAAAUACCUAUAAAUAUUCACUUCACAUAAUUUAUUUUUACUCAACAUUGCCACCCCGGACACUUCAAAACACCUCGUUUUACACAGACACUACACUUUGAUGCAAUCGUACGACACGCGCAUCUGUGUGUGUAACAUCUGACGCCCAUACGGUAGGUACAUAAGACAAUAAAACCGGGGGUUUUAAACCGAGCUCAGGCGCUGGUUGAGAGUUGCCGUUCUAUAUGUAGUAUUAUUCCUUUUUUAU